CCCAGCCUCGCUCUCAUCCUCCUUCCGGUCGCUCGCCAUUUUGAAAGACUCCGGUCUGCCUGCAGAACCCCAGAUCUUCUCUUUUUUUACCUGAAAAACUCGCGGAUUUCUCGGCGUCAUUUCCUUCCAAUUCCAGUGGAGUUACUGGGUGCACGGUGGGGAGGGGGAAGACGCUGUCGUCAUGCCAUUGGCGCAGUACGCAGACCCGUGGCAGAAGAUGCCCAUGAAGGAAGAGGCGGAGGGUGGCGCUGGGAGCACGGAAGAUAUGCUGGUCGACGACAACGAAGAAAAACAGGACCAGGAGCACAAUGUGACGGAAUAUGAGAUCAUCAGUGUUGCUGCGGAUGGGAAGGAGAAGGCCAGUCCGAGUCAGUUUGAGCUUCUGAAGGUGUUGGGACAAGGCUCCUUCGGAAAGGUGUUCCUGGUGAGGAAAAUCCAUGGCCACGAUGCAGGGACCCUCUACGCCAUGAAGGUGCUGAAGAAAGCCACCUUAAAAGUGAGGGACCGUAUGCGGACCAAGAUGGAACGAGACAUCCUGGUUGAUGUGAACCACCCCUUCAUUGUCAAGAUGCACUAUGCAUUUCAGACGGAAGGCAAGCUGUAUCUCAUCCUGGACUUCCUGAGGGGCGGUGACCUCUUCACAAGGCUCUCCAAGGAGGUGAUGUUUACUGAAGAAGAUGUGAAGUUCUACCUGGCUGAGCUAGCCCUGGCCCUGGACCAUCUCCACUCCCUGGGCAUCAUCUACAGGGACCUCAAGCCAGAGAAUAUUCUUUUGGAUGCAGAUGGACAUAUCAAGCUUACAGAUUUUGGCCUGAGCAAGGAGGCUAUUGAGGACAAGAAAGCAUACUCCUUCUGUGGUACAGUAGAGUACAUGGCCCCUGAAGUGGUGAACAGGAGGGGACACAACCAUACUGCUGACUGGUGGUCGUACGGAGUCCUUAUGUUUGAGAUGCUGACUGGUGCCUUACCAUUCCAAGGACAGAAUAGGAAGGAUACGAUGACAAUGAUUCUCAAGGCCAAGCUGGGCAUGCCCCAGUUCCUGAGUCCUGAAGCACAGAGCCUGCUGAGGAUGCUGUUCAAGAGGAACCCACAGAACAGACUAGGUGCAGGUGCGGACGGGGUAGAAGAGAUCAAGAGGCAUAAUUUCUUCGCCAGUAUCGACUGGGAGAAACUGUUGAAGAAGCAGGUGCCGCCACCUUUCAAACCGGCCGUGACUCGGGACGAGGACGCAUUCUACUUCGACACAGAAUUCACAUCCAGGACGCCCCGAGAUUCCCCAGGAGUUCCCCCCAGUGCCACUGCCCAUGAGCUGUUCAGGGGCUUCAGCUUUGUCGCCCCCUGUCUGUUGGAUGAAGUAACGCAGGGACAGGUUCAGCAGCUAGACAAGGUCAAGGAAAUACAACGGCGUCCGCUUGGGAAGACAACAGCCUUCACAGACGAAUAUGAGAUUAAGGAGGACAUUGGUCUUGGCUCCUACUCAAUUUGCAAAAGAUGUCUCCACAAGAGUUCUGGUCAAGAAUAUGCAGUAAAGAUCAUUGACCGAACAAAGCGGGACCCUGCAGAGGAGAUUGAGAUCCUCCUUCGCUAUGGCAACCACCCCAACAUCAUCACUCUCAGAGAUGUGUACGAGGCAGGUAACCAGGUGUACCUGGUGACAGAGCUGAUGAAGGGAGGAGAGCUGCUGGACAAGAUCCUCAGACAAAAGUUCUUCUCUGAGCGGGAAGCCAGUGCUGCCCUGCAGACCAUCACCUCAGCCGUCGACUUCCUACACAAGAAAGGGGUGGUCCAUCGUGACCUGAAACCCAGCAAUAUUCUUUACGCCGACGACUCCGGUUCCCCCGAGUCCUUGCGGAUCUGUGACUUCGGCUUUGCCAAACAGCUGAGGGCUGAGAACGGGCUCCUGAUGACGCCCUGCUACACCGCCAACUUCGUAGCUCCAGAGGUUCUGAAGAGACAGGGUUACGAUGCUGCUUGUGACAUCUGGAGUCUGGGAGUUCUUCUCUACACCAUGUUGUCAGGGAGGACACCGUUUGCCCACGGUCCCAACGACACGCCGUCAGACAUCCUGGGCAGGAUAGGGGAGGGCAGGUUUAGUCUGGAGGGGGGGAACUGGGACACUGUGUCUCCUCUUGCCAAGGAAAUAGUGCGGCUGAUGCUCCAUGUGGACCCCCACAAGCGCCCGACUGCAUCUCAGGUCCUGAACCACCGCUGGAUCUCCCAGAGGGAGACCCUCUCCUCCGACCACCUCAAGCUGUCGCACCAAGACAUACGACAAGUCAAGGGCGCGAUGGCUGCCACCUACUCUGCCCUCAACACCUCCCCAAAGAUGACCCUGGAUCACAUAGGAGCGUCCAAACUGGCGCAGAGAAGAGGCGUGAAGAAACUAGGCUCUACUGCGCUAUAGGGCUGUCACCGCCACCGUCACCGCCGCAUUCAUCAUGUUUCUGUUGUAGUUACGUACAACACUCUUCACUUAAAAAGCUGGAAUUUGAAAAAUUGAAUGAACUUAAUAGUCAAACUGGGCUCCCUGGCACAAAAGGACCGUCACCACCACUUGCAUGUCCCUGUCAUAGUACAAUACUUUUUAUUUUAGAAACAGUAAUUUGUCAAAUUUGAUCAACAUUGAAGUCAAACUGAGCUUUACCCCACUAUGCGACCGUCACCACCAAUUUCAUAAUUUUUUUUUUUUUCAAACUGUAACUGAAAAGCAAUUUGGCGUGGUAGGUAAAAAACACUUGUUGGGAUGAAGGUCUAUUCAGAUGAUUCAAAGAUGUGUUUUUCCCAUCUUUUUGUCAGUAUGUCAUGCAAAGGGAGGUUUGGGAAGUUGCUUGUUAAUUCAAGGUGGACUUGAAAAGCCUUUUCUCAAUCAAAUAUUGCACAGCAGACCUAGAUCUUAAUACAUUGACUUGUCACACUGCAAGAGAAUAUUAAGACUUUUAAAGCCUGUCUUUCGCUGUUCAGGAAAAAAAAAAUCAUACUAAAAUGCAAAUGGAUAUUCAACACUUUUGAAACAGGGAAUUUUUUCUAAAAGACAUCCUAAAAAUGUUAGUGCCAAACAGUGGACUCGCUUUUCAAAUAUGGCAUCUGACAUAGGCUUGGUUCUAAAAUCUUGAUGCAUUUUCAGAAUCCGUGUAUGGUGGUAAAAUAUUGAAUGAACAUAUUGUAUAGUUAACAACUGGUGCAAACGGUUAAUCUCUAUUGUUGAUAUCAUUGCUUCUUAGAAAGACAAAUUGUUGAACUCGGAAUGCAGGCUGUUAUUACUGAAUGGCUUGAUAGAAAGGGACGAGUGAUUUAAUGGUUUCAGAUAGUGCAGAUACUGCUUAAAGGUUGUUACAUAUCAGUUAGCCCUUAAGGUGGAGCAGGAGUAGAAUAAGUUAACAAUAGCUUUUUCUUCACUGAUUUUGUUAUCUUUACCAACCUACAUGUAUGUCUUUGAAGUAUUUUUCUUUCCUUUAAGAAAUUCAGCUUAGAUUUGAUAGUUGAAAGUACACAUAUUCUAAAUAACAGUGUUUGAAUUAAACAUAGUGAAGCAUUAUACAUGUGUAAGCCCUCAGCUGAAAGUAAUGGCAAUGUUCUUGCAUUUGAUAUGAAUCCCUUCUUUCUUAUACAAUUGACAAUGCUGAAAAAACAAAGUUGCAACCAGAAAAGACUGUCUUUAACAUUCAGUAUUGUUAAAUUGUUUGCUGAUGUCAUCAGGGAAUUUAUCACAAUCCUUAUCUGUCAAAAAUCUUAACAAUGAGGAACUUGAAAUGGUUUUCAAAAGUCAAAUUGGCAUUAGGCUCUUCUGUUAAACAGUUAACUGUCAAAGUCGUCAUUGAGACAGGAAAACUUUUCAAAGAAUAUGAAAUAUUUCAUCAGUUUAUUAGAAUGUUGAAGAAACUUUCACAAAUGUGGCGCUACAGAGUAACCAUCCAAAUGUGGUCUAAGAUGAUAUAAAAUUGUCAUGACUAAGGCAGUAUUUAGUGAACAAAUAAUCUGACAUUCAUUUUAAUUUUUUUGUUUAAAUCAUUUAUGUUCCAGCUACUAAUAGAGUCUAAUAUGAAUACUACUUCUUGUUAGAGUAAAGGUUUCGAGAAAAGUAAACUUCCACAAAUGGUGGCGGAGUUCAUCUUAGACUAAUCUUUCACAUUAAAGUAAAGGAAUCCAGGUUGAGUUGAUAAACUAUUGGCAUGAUUUGUUUAAAAAAGUUACAUGUAUGUCCCAAAUCCCCAUUGUAUAUGCACUUUAUAGUGUUUAUGCCUAAAAUCCUGUGACUAGUUUUUGUCUUAGCUGACAAAAGCUGAAAAUAUCAUUUUGCUCAGAAAUUUCUUGGAAUAGGAAAGAGGGUUGACAAUCAUAGUGCACUUCUUUUUUUCACACAAACACAUUUCUGUGUUUUCUCUCUUUACAAAUUACAUGUAGGUAGACAAGGGGGUAUCAUUCAGUAGUGCUCAAAGGGGUUGGGUGAUUGGUACAUUAUAUAUAUAUAGUUAAAUGUCAAUUGUAUACUAUUUCCAAGUGAAAAAAUAUGGAAUUAUUUUUUGCUACUGUGUUAGUGUGAGAAGGUGUAUAUGUGAUUGUAUGUGCUAGUGUAUGGACAGGUUAGUGUUUCCCUUUUAUAGGCCAGAGCUGUUGGUAUUAUGAAAUGAAUUGCUGCCUUUAUCAAAUAUAGGGAAUUGAGAGCUGGCCACACCAAAUCAUUACCUUGGUUCUCUGUCGUUUCAAAGCAGAAAGUAAGGAAAAGGUCAUGAUAAAAACACAGACCUGGGGGAGAAAACUUGAAUCUGAUUAUAGUGUUCUCUGACGAUUCAAAGCAGAAAGUAAAGAAGAGAGCAAACUCUCCAAGAAGCUGUAAAGGCACUUAAUUUCCCCUCAUGUUUGUUUUCAUACUGAUCUUCAGUCUAGAAUCAGCAUUUACUUCAAAUUUUGAGAACCAAGAAAUUCAAUUUGGUGUGGCCUUAUCAAAUAUAGGGAAUUGACAGAUUGAAUGCUCUACAACAUAUAUAUAUAUCAUGGUAUCUUGUAACAAAGGUAUUUCUAAAAAAAAUGAGAAAAAAAGCUUAUAUUGGUCAGUUACUGUAAUGGUAUACAAAAGCAUUACCUACAUGUACACUUCGUUAGAGUCAAGUUUCUGAUUUUUCACAGCAUAAUUGGGAACUUUAUACAUGUAACUUGUCUACAAGGCAUAUUAGAAAGCUGGUACUAUGUUAUAGUUUGUAUAUGUGUGUGGUCUAAUGGUCUAAUGCUGUUACAUACUGUGUUGCAGGCACAUUCUUGAAUUCGUUUUGUAUCGUCAUAAGGCCAUACCAAUUUAGGUCCUUGGUUCUCGCACACAUUUUUAUCAAAGUACGAAUUUAGCAAGAGGAUAGGAUGAAAACAGGGCUGGGAAGAGAACUUAAAUCUGACUCCUCUCUUCAUAUUAAUCUGCCAAUUCAGCAUAUCUUUUUGAAAUAUGGGAACCAACGGAUUAAAUUGGUGUGGCCUGCGUGUAACUGUAACCCAAAUUAUCGUCUGAACCGUGUAUUUGGAACCUGUACGCAUAUCUGAUGUCUGAUGUAGUCUGCUUUUCUUGCAACUUGCGCUGCUUUGUUUAAUGUUGUUGUUACUCUACCACGUGAUUGUUAUAAUAAAAAAAGGAGAGGGGUUCUUUCAUAUUAGUAUCUAGAUGGUUGUUCGGUAUAAUCUAUUCAAAUAAAGUACAGUGGUAGGUACAAAGAAAAUAAAGGGGGUUGCAUAAUAUA